UAGUAGAUACUAUGUAAAUAUUAGCUAUUCUUCUUCUUAUUUUCAUGGAAACCCUGACUCCAUCCUUCCCUGGGGUGGUGCAGUGAGGUGCCCACCAAAUAUUCCUGAUGAGUCUUUUCAGUGCCGCCAAAAACAGGCUCCUCCACACCGGCUCUGAAAUGGAUUCCUCCUGUAAUUAACAUGUGGUCACCAUGGCGACCAGGUUCUUUUUUUUUUUUUUUUUUUAAUUUUUUUUUAAGCUCUUAAAGGAUUCUGUGCCAAGCAGGCAUUCGAGCGUCUUGUGCUCACUCUCAUUUCUCUACAGUCGGAAGGGAUGGAAUUUUCCAAAGACUUCCAGGAACUCUGGAGCAGAGGCUGCUCUGGGCUCUCGCUGCCCCGGGGUCCCGGAGCUUCGGUAAAAUCGAGGGCCCUCGUGACCGGCUUGGUGCCGUCUCCUGGAGCUGGCGCCCCGCGGCCUCUUCAGGCCCCGACACGCGAAGCCGGUCCUGCGGUCCACACCUGUUUCCUACCGUGCCUGCGGGUAGGCAUAGGUGGAGGCUGCCGUUCAGAGAUCCCAUCUCUCCCUCCGUGUGUGCCAAGCACGGCAGGAAAUAAUGCAGAUUUCCACCCACGCCUGCCCGCCUAUCCUGUGGGACUCUCUUCUAAGUCUUCUCAUGAAUACACUCCAAGGUUCCCUGCUACGUGCCACAAGCCUUCGCCUUGUUCCCUUCCUCCUGCACAGAUCUCAGCAGAGCACACGUUCUGUCCAUCCGCUCUCCCUGGCCCUUGCUCCACGGCGGACUCCUUUCUCCAAGGAAUUCCUCUGGAAUGGUUCUUGCAUCACAUGGGGUCGAUGGCUCCUGUCUGGUGGCACCUCUCCAUCGCCCUUUGUCCUUCGCACGAGGCCAUCAUCCCGAAGACUGCAGAGGCCAAGAGAAACCACCUGUGUCUUACCGCUGGUCAAGGCUGAUGUCAGUCCCGCUUCCUCACUAAGACCCAGAGAAAUGAAGGUAAGAAAGUGGCUCGCUAAGAUCCUUCAGCUGCCAGUUGGAGGGAAGACUGGAACCCGGAUCUGCGAGUAUCCACAGAAGAUAUACGAGAGGACCCAAGCGAAAUAGGGCUGCAUAGUGAGAAAGUCUGAAGAAGAGUCUGCACUCUUUAGACCAGGUGUCGGCAACGUAUGGCUCUCGAGCCAUAUCUGGCUCUUUUGAGGGCCAGAUAUGGCUCUUUCUGCAG